UGUGUGUGUGUGUGUGUGUGUGUGUAAAGGCAAUCUGAUUUCCUACAGUUUACAGUUCCUCUGCAGUGAAUCUAAUGAAUUCUCUCAUUGUAUAUAGGUCAUUUAUGGCAGGAAAAUACCUUUUCUUCUUCACGAUAAGUGCGGGGCUGUAAAUGCACGUAUUUGGACUUAAAAAUUGCCAGUGGAUAUUUACAGGACAGUGCGCGGAGUUUUAGAUUUUCCUUCUGAUUUUCAUUUUGCCCGUCAUUCAAGUCCAGUAUACUGAAAGCCAUUUCAGAUGUUUCAGAUAUAGCAGAGGUUUUCCAGUCUGCCUGCAAUCGGCUUUCAGAUAUUGGCUUUCCUCCUACUGACGAGACGAAAACAGUCCUAGCAAGAUCAGCCUUUAGGGAUGGGGAGCUCUGAGAGGGCCGAUGUGAUCCGAAGCAGAUUUUUCCCGUCAGUCCAAUACUAAAGCCUACAGAAAGGUGAUUGGACGGUGGAAGAUAGAGAUCCCGCCUUCGCCUCAUGCAGCAUUGGAUCAUGUCAAGACCCCGGGGAUGUGUAUGGCUACCAUUCAUCUUCACCCCCACCUGCACGAUGCUGAAUGUCAAUCUGAUUUUCUGGAUUGCAGCCCUGGCUGUGAGGUUCGCUGUCGUCAACUGUCACCAAGCACACUAUACUAUUGUCACAACGAACUAUGGAAAGCUGCGUGGAUUAAAAACUCAGUUGCCGAAUGAAAUCCUUGGGCCUGUGGAGCAGUACUUGGGGAUCCCUUACGCCGCUCCACCCACAGGGGAAAGAAGGUUUCAGCCUCCUGAACCUCCCAUUUCAUGGCGUGAGAUCCGCAAUGCCACCCAGUUCGCGCCUGUCUGUCCCCAGUACCUAGAAGACAGGUUUUUGCUGAACGAUAUGCUACCUGUCUGGUUCACAGCCAGUUUGGAUACAGUGGUAACCUAUGUUCAGGACCAAAAUGAAGACUGCCUUUACCUAAACAUCUAUGUGCCCACAGAGGAUGAUAUACAUGAUGAGAAUGGCCUAAAGCCCGUUAUGGUCUACAUUCAUGGAGGAUCCUACAUGGAAGGCACGGGGAACAUGAUCGACGGAAGCAUUCUGGCAAGCUACGGCAAUGUUAUCGUGGUCACCAUAAACUACAGACUGGGUGUACUGGGAUUUUUAAGCACGGGGGAUCAAGCUGCAAAAGGAAACUAUGGAUUACUUGAUCAAAUUCAAGCGCUGAGGUGGAUCAAGGAAAAUAUCCAGGCUUUCAAAGGGGAUCCGAAGAGGGUUACGAUUUUUGGAUCUGGUGCUGGAGCGUCUUGUGUGAGCCUGCUGACACUGUCUCACUACUCAGAAGAUCUUUUCCAGAAAGCUAUCAUCCAGAGCGGAACGGCUCUGUCCAGCUGGGCAGUGAACUACCAGCCUGCCAAAUACACCCGGAUGUUGGCAGAGAAAGUUGGCUGCAACAUGCUUGACACCAUAGCCUUGGUGGAGUGCCUACAGAGCAAGAACUACAAAGAGCUUAUAGAGCAGUACAUCACUCCUGCGAAGUACCACAUCGCCUUUGGGCCCGUCAUCGACGGAGAUGUCAUACCGGAUGAUCCACAGAUCCUGAUGGAGCAGGGAGAGUUCCUGAAUUACGACAUUAUGUUAGGGGUCAAUCAGGGCGAGGGCUUUAAAUUUGUGGACGGAAUUGUGGACAGUGAGGAUGGCGUGUCGGCCAACGACUUUGAUUUUGCAGUGUCCGAUUUUGUAGAUCACCUCUAUGGUUAUCCGGAGGGGAAGGACACACUUCGGGAAACAAUCAAAUUCAUGUACACAGACUGGGCAGACAAAGAAAACCCUGAGACACGCAGGAAGACACUGGUUGCACUAUUCACCGAUCACCAGUGGGUAGCACCAGCUGUGGCCACCGCGGAUCUGCAUGCUCAGUACGGCUCACCUACAUACUUCUAUGCCUUCUAUCACCACUGCCAAAGCGACAUGAAGCCCAGCUGGGCCGACUCGGCACAUGGUGACGAGGUCCCGUACGUCUUCGGAAUCCCGAUGAUCGGGCCCACUGACCUCUUCAACUGCAACUUCUCUAAGAACGACGUUAUGCUCAGUGCUGUGGUCAUGACUUACUGGACCAACUUUGCCAAAACAGGAGAUCCAAACCAGCCAGUGCCCCAGGACACCAAGUUCAUCCAUACAAAACCAAACCGAUUUGAAGAGGUGGCCUGGUCCAAAUACAACCCGAAGGACCAGCUCUACCUACACAUCGGUUUGAAGCCACGAGUCAGGGAUCACUACCGAGCCACCAAGGUCGCCUUUUGGUUAGAACUCGUGCCACACUUGCACAACAUAAACGAGCUGUUUCCAUAUAUUUCGACAACAACUAAGAUCCCUCCCCAGGACACAACCCCUUUCCCAUACACCAAACGCCUGUCUGGAAAAACCUGGCCAUCCACCACCCGCCACCCUGCCAUCCCACCCGCUAACACCAAGCAGGUGACUGACCAACGGAAAACAGGGGAACCCGACGAGUCGCUGGUCAUCACGGAGAACAAGCGUGACUACUCAACGGAGCUGAGCGUGACCAUCGCGGUGGGGGCCUCUCUGCUCUUCCUGAACAUCCUGGCGUUCGCCGCCCUCUACUACAAGAAGGACAAACGCCGGCACGAGUCCAACCGGCGGCCCAGCCCGCAGCGAAAUACGGCCAACGACAUCGCUCACAUCCAGAACGAGGAGAUCACGCCCAUGCAGAUGAAACAGCUGGAGCAUGACCACGAGUGCGAGUCUCUCCAGGUGCACGACACGCUCCGACUAACGUGCCCACCGGACUACGCGCUGACGAUGCGCCGCUCCCCAGACGACAUCCCACUCAUGACGCCCAACACCAUAAACGUCUUCUCCAACACUUUGGCCGGAAUGCAGUCCUUGCACACCUUCACUAGCUACGGCGGAAGCCAGAACAGUACAAACCUGCCCCACGGACACUCCACCACGCGGGUAUAGCUCUUUGCAGAGGGAGAGUGGAACUGCUCACAAAUCACAAGAUAUUAUUUUGUUAUAUACAGUAGCCUUCAUAGAAUAUAUUGGCUGCAAACUGAAAAAUAUGGAAAGGAUCACUAAGAGGUCAGAUGUAAUUAAACUUUACUACAGUGUCAUUGUCUUCAGACUGGAACAUCUCUUGGAUUAAACCAAGGAAGCAAGACAUCAGAAAUUAACCUUCGAUCCUUCAACACACUGGUAUAGAGUUAAAAUAAAGUAUAUUUCUGUGUGUAGCAAGUGAUAUCAAGGAUAACUCAAAGAUUUGUAUGUGCCAUACGUUGUAUAGUACGCUAGUAACAACCUACAAGGAUUUUCAUGUUAGUCCAGUUUUCAGACUGAAAGCUCAAGAUCUUCUGCGCUGUGCCGUGAGAUGGUGGAGACCAAGGCAAAAACUCCCCAGUCUGAAUUGUAUUUAUGAAACUUUGUAAAAAAUGACAUGUAAAUAAUUGUGAGUAAAACAAAUACAUAACAAAACAGACAAACAUACAGAAAACUUUUAUUGUUGUUUUGAGUUUAAAUAUAGUUGUUAGGGACCUUUUCUCUGAGUUGCAAUGUAUGUAAAUAUAAUGGUUAUAUGGUUUUUAAAAUUUAAGCAGUGUAACUCUCUUCAAUGGAAAAAAAGAAAUCAUCCAACAAUGUUUAUUUGAAAGCAUAUGCCAUAUUACUCAACUCAUUUUUUAGUGUUACCUAUCAUUUCUGCUGGAUCUCGUUGCAUGUUUGAGUAUCGCUUACCGAACUUUUUUUUAUCUUGUGAUGCAUUGCAUAGUUAUAUCACCAUUUUCUUGUUUUCUAGCAACCUAAACACUGCUUCAGCUGAAGAAGUGACCAGCACUGUAUAAUUUUGACAAUGGCAGUGGAUUUUGAUCAACAUACGUUGGAAAUGUGUGUAAAGAUAUAUGUUAUAUAUUUAAAAUUGUCCAUCGCUAGCAAUAUGUAAAGCAUCGUGCCAGGCUUCUAAUAUUUUGAGUUAAAAGAAUGAGAAUGAUUCUAAAGAAAUAAUAGCGGUAACAUCAUUUACAGAAAUACAGUUUAACACAGAUUAUCCUAAUUAUGCAUUCAAUUUGAAGACAAGCAGAAAACUGUCUCGACUAAUUUUUAGAUGUGAGCAAAGGUGCCCAUCAUAGCCUUUGGUCCUUCAAAUUUAAAUAAAUGCAGGGUUUUAACGAAAGGUAUCAAAAUAUAUAUUGUUUGUCUACUAUUGUUUGCAGUUUUGCCUUAAACAAUAGAUGGUAUUUCUGGCUGAACACCUGUAUAAAGUUUUUCUGCAGCAUUUUUAAUAAAAUAUCACAAUAUUU